CGUGUCUCUGCCAGGUCUAAGCUAAACUGAAUCUUGCUCCAUCAUUGAGUUCCUGUCCUGGAUAGCAAGCAGCAAUGAGGACUUUCCUGCUUCUGCUGGUUGCAUUAGCAGCCAUCAGAGAAUGCCAGGGUGGUAGCAAGUACAAUAAUAACCGUUUUAUACGGGAUGUUUUACUGCGUUCUAAAAGGAGAUGGGUCCUGUCCACGAUUGACCUAGAGGAGAACAUGGAGGUGGAUUACCCAUUCACAAUUACAACGAUGCACAACGACAAGACUCAAGGGAGAGAAUAUAAGUUUGUAAUAAGUGGAGAUGGUGUUGAUGAUAAAUUGUUCUCCAUAAAUGAUGCAACCGGAGAUGUCUUUGUGCACAGAAAAGUUGAUCGAGAGGAGAAAGAGAUGUAUCACAUCACAUUUGAUGUCUGGGACAAAGCAACUAACACAAAAAUGGACAGAGAGCUAUCUUUUGAUGUCCAAGUAAAAGACUUAAAUGAUAAUGCACCGAUGUUUACCAGAAUUAACAAAACGGUCAGUGUGGAUGAAAACAUGGAGGAAGGAUUCCUGCCAGCAUCUAUGGAGUUUAAAGAUAAUGAUAAGGAGAAAACAAUCAACUCAACGGUCUCAAUAAGUGUGGUUUCUCAGAACCCGGUAGAGCCUAAGAUUAAUGUCACACAGAUUGAUGACAGAAUGGCCCGACUCACUUUCAAAGGAUGUUUUGACUAUGAUAAAGCAAAGCAGUUUAAAGUAAAAGUUAAAGCAAGUGAUCAUGGAAAGCCACCUCUGUCCACCACUGAAGUUAUUACGCUCAAUAUUGUCAACAAAAACAAUAACGCUCCAAAGUUCAAGCAGAAACAAUACGAAGUUGAGGCUGUGGAAAUGACUACCCAUGAUGAUAUUUUGAGAAUUGCAGUAGAGGACAAGGAUCCUCCUAACACUGAUGGCUGGAAGGCCAAGUACUACUUUAUCAGUGGCAAUGAAGAAGAAAUCUACAGCCUUAGAACUGACCCAAAAACUAAUGAGUGUAUUCUGAGUGUUGUCAAGGAGAAGAAUUACAACCAAAAUACUUUGGUGAACCUGACAAUCGGAGCUGAAAAUGUUGAGCCCUUAUCCAUUUGUAAAGAUAAUAAACUGAUUAAAGAUCCAAAGCUGCUCCCACCUCCAGAUUCAGUUAAUGUUACAGUGAAAAUGCUCGAUACCAAUGACGCACCAGUGUUUGAAAAAUAUACAGACGAGGUGUAUCAGGUAGAAGAGUCGGAGCCAGGACAGGUGCUCUACACUCCAAAGGUUCAGGAUAUCGACUCACCCAAUGUCAGAUUUGUUAUGGUAGAAGAUCCAGCUGGUUGGAUGUCUGUUGAUGCAAAAACUGGACAAGUUACAACGAUCAAGAAAAUGGACAGAGAGUCACCCUUUGUUGAUAAAGACAAUAUUUACAGAGUUGUCAUUGCUGCUAUAGAUGACGGCACACCUCCUGCCACAGGCACCUGCACAGUCAAGAUCCACCUCAGGGAUAUCAAUGACAACACCCCUAAGCUCGUCAACUCAAGUAUGAUCUUUUGUGAUAACAAAGUUAUCAAGAUCAUGGUGUCUGCUAAGGACAGUGAUGCAGAGCCAUACAGUGGACCCUUCAUCUUCACCUUGAGGGAUGAUGAAACUCUGAAACGGCUGUGGAAACUUGACCCUGCUCAUGGGGAAGAAGCUGGCCUUGUUGCCCUGAAGUCACUUGAAAGGGGUAAUUACUCCAUUCCUCUGCGGAUUCAGGACAAACAGAAUAUGAUUGGACACGAGACGUUGGAGGUGGAGGUUUGUGACUGUGGAGGAGGAGGCGUUUGUGUCAGGACUAUAAAUCCACUCUCAACUAAUGUCAGUGAUGCUGCCAUUGGAAUAAUAAGCCUUGGACUGCUUUUAUUUCUGAUACUGGGGGUCGUUUUUAUUUGCAAUAGAAAAAAAAAAGAAUUCCAAACUUUUGAGGACCAGGGCCAUCAGUCACUCAUCCAAUACAAUGAAGAAGGAAUGAGCGUUGACUGCAAGGCUGAACCAGUUCACCUAGGAAAUGAUGGAACUGUGACAGAUGGAAUAAAACAGAGCUCUGUGAAGAAAACUGAGACAGCCCGAGAUAUGUGGUAUGAUGAGAGGCAGAACACCACUAUUAUAAACUCACGUACAAGCACGAGGAUGGGCACGGGCAGGGGUUCGAGCUCCAUGGGCACGCAAAAAAAUAGAACCUCUAGAAAUGUAAAUGGUUCAUCAAAAAAUUCAAGCCAUAGACACACAGUUAAGCGGUCCAGCUCGAUGUACAGUCGCUCUUUGUCAUCGUAUCCCCAUCUCAAGGAAUUGAUGGAAAAUACUCUUACUAAAAAAUUUCAAGAAGAUGCAGACGGACAAGAGCACAGUCCUUUUAAGUUUGCAUAUGAGGGGGAGGUCAGCAGAUGCGAGUCACUGGAUGAGCUGACAUUUGACAAACUGGAUGGAAACUUGUCCUUUCUGGAUGAUCUAGGGCCGCAGUUCAACACCUUGGCAGAGAUGUGUAACGCUUCAGCUGUGAAAAAGACAUACAGCUCCUACAGGGUUACAGACUGUCAAAACUGAGUCCCUUUUCUUUCAGUGUCGGAUUAAAGAUACAAAUUGAUUUACCUGGAUUUGUGGGGAAGCGCCUGGAUUUUUAACUUUAUGUAGAUUGUGUACAUUAUGGAUUUGAGUGUGACAUCUUUUAAGCCAGGUAUUUUCAUCUGUGCAUGGGACAAGGAUUUCUGUAGCAACAGCCUCAUUGUGCUGUUAUGUAUGAGCAUGUCAUGCCCUGAUGGUUCUGAAAACUCCUUGUUCAGUGGUUGGAUGUGUUUCAUUGUUUUUGUUUAUGUUUUUAUAAUGUUUCUAAAACACGAGGGACUGGAGCUAUUUAACAGUUGACUUUCUUUCUAUAUGGGGAUUUUGAAAUGUCACAAUUGUUUCAAAUGUGUAACAAAAAGAGAAAUGUGGAAACUUGGAUCGUAGGAUUUUCAAACUGCAUUACCUUAUUUUAGUUUUUAGAAUAAUUUUUUUUCAGUAGCACUAGUUUAAUCAUCUCACAAGGCGGAGUUUAAAAAUAACUCGAAUCUUUGUAAGGAAAGUGUAAAUGGCUGUUUGGUGUAUGGUAGGAAAUAAAAUCAGACUAUUUUUAAUUCA